AUGGACAACAAUCUGCUGAGGUUCUUCACUCUUAUGGACGGCCAGGGCUAUCCUGUCGUCAAAGAGGCCCCCAGGUUCGAUCUGGACAUGUACAUUGGGAACUACAAGGGCCGUACAAGGUUCGACCGCCUCAUCCUCAUCGGCCGAAGCUGUGUGCCGCUAUGCAUCGAUGCCCUGAAAGCUGCCAUAGUCGAUGCCAAGAAGGGGAGAGAUAUCCAAAGAUACAAAGAAGCCGUAGAUUGCCUGCAGAUUGCAGCCCCAUUAGAGCCAGAGGCGGUCCUAGACCAGGCGUGGAUCAACCAAAAAGAGGCCGAGAACAAGGAUAUUACCAACCGGCUGCUGACAGAGCUCAAGGGUUACAAGAACAACCUAAUUAAGGAGAGCAUUCGGAUGGGCCACGAGGACAUGGGUAAGCACCUAGAAGCCACAGGCGAUCUGAACCUUGCUGCCGAGUCUUUUAUGAAAAUGCGCCCGGAUGUCAGCACUACUAAGCAAUAUAUCGACGUGGCCAAGCAUCUCGUCCGCGUCUCCAUCCAUCGUCGUGAAUGGAGCAUGGUCACCGCGCAUCUGAGCAAGCUCCAGGGCACGGCGCAGCUGACGGAUGACGAGGAGAAGCAACUCUCAGCAUAUAUGCGCAUAGCGCAUGGUAUUGCGUACCUGGGCCAGGAGAAGUACCUCGACGCGGCGCUCAGCUUCCUAGAGGCAGAUAACGUUGCGCCGACGGUGUAUAACGAGAUUGCAUCGCCCAACGACGUGGCUAUUUAUGGCGGGCUGUUGGCCCUCGCGUUCAUGAAUCGCAGCGAGCUGCAGACGAAGGUGCUGGACAACGUCAAAUUCCGCGAGUUCCUCGAGCUGGAGCCCAACAUCCGGCGGGCGGUAUCGCAGUUUGUCAGCGGCCGCUACUCGGCCUGUAUCUCGACUCUGGAGGCGUACCGGACUGAUUGCUUGCUCGAUAUCUACCUGCAACGGCAUGUCAAGACCAUCUUUCAGCAGAUUCGAAACAAGUGUAUUGUGCAGUACCUGAUUCCCUUCUCGCGGGUGAGCUUGGAUACCAUGGCCAAGGCGUUUGGUAGCCCGGACCAGCCGAUUGAGGACGAGCUGGCGGAUAUGAUCAAGGCCGGGACUCUGCAAGCGAAGAUAGAUCUUAUUGACCGCCUUGUCGUUACCAUGUCGGCCAACCAGCGCGCUCACAUGCAGAACAUGGCGCUUAAGACGGCCAAGGUGUACGAGCGCCAAGCAAUUGAUCGGUUGAACCGCAUGGGGCUUGUUGCUGCUGAGCUCGACAUCAGGCCGUUAACAGCCAAAUUCUCUGCCAUGAGAGGGAUGAUGACUCAACAAGGGGAUCGGAUGAAUGAACAAUUGGAAAAUGUUGUUUGA